UUCUCCGGCCAGCAGGAGCGACGUUGGCAGCCGCCGCGGGCGCCGGGCCGCGUCGGUCCCACCAUGCGUGAGCCGGCCGAGAGCUGCUGAGGCGCCGGGCCGCAGACGCGGAGUUGGAGGGCGGGCGGCGGGCUCCGGCGCUCGCGGACUAGUGCUGUCCCCCGGCGGGCGACGGCGGCGGCGGCGGCGGCGGGAUGGAGCCGGUGACCGCGCCCCGGCCGGACAUGGCGCCGGAGCUGACCCCCGAGGAGGAGCAGGCUACCAAGCAGUUUCUUGAGGAGAUCAACAAGUGGACAGUUUAGUACAAUGUUUCUCCACUCUCUUGGAAUGUGGCUGUCAAGUUCCUCAUGGCCAGAAAGUUCGAUGUGCUUCGUGCCGUAGAGUUGUUUCACUCCUACAGAGAAACAAGAAGGAAGGAAGGCAUUGUGAAGCUGAAACCUCAUGAGGAACCUCUCCGUUCUGAGAUCCUCAGUGGAAAAUUUACCAUCUUGAAUGUUCGAGAUCCAACUGGAGCCUCCAUUGCCCUUUUCACUACCAGGCUACAUCAUCCUCACAAGUCCGUCCAACACGUGGUACUUCAGGCCUUAUUUUACUUGCUGGACAGAGCUGUGGACAGCUUUGAAACUCAAAGGAAUGGAUUGGUGUUUAUCUAUGACAUGUGUGGUUCCAAUUAUGCCAACUUUGAGCUAGACCUUGGCAAGAAAGUCCUAAACCUGCUGAAGGGAGCAUUUCCGGCUCGUUUAAAGAAGGUGCUGAUUGUAGGAGCACCCAUAUGGUUCCGAGUGCCGUAUUCUAUCAUCAGCCUGCUCCUGAAGGACAAAGUCCGGGAGAGGAUUCAGAUAUUAAAGACGUCUGAAGUUACCCAGCAUCUGCCCAGGGAGUGCCUUUCAGAAAAUCUGGGUGGGUUCGUCAAAAUUGACCUUGCCACUUGGAAUUUCCAGUUCCUGCCCCAAGUGAAUGGCCACCCAGAUCCCUUCGAUGAGAUCAUCCUGUUUUCCCUACCUCCUGCCUAAGACUGGGACUCAGUACAUGUUCCAGUUCCCCAUGCCAUGACCAUCCAAGAGUUGGUAGACUAUGUUAAUACCAGGCAAAAGCGGGGCAUAUACGAGGAAUAUGAAGACAUCCGUCGUGAGAACCCUGUUGGCACUUUCCACUGUUCCAUGUCUCCCGGAAACCUAGAGAAAAACCGAUAUGGAGAUGUACCCUGCCUGGACCAAACAAGAGUGAAGCUGACAAAACGAAGUGGCCACACAGAUUACAUCAAUGCCAGUUUCAUGGAUGGCUACAAGCAGAAGAAUGCUUAUAUUGGUAAACAAGGCCCUUUGGAGAAUACCUAUCGUGACUUCUGGCUCAUGGUUUGGGAGCAAAAAGUUUUGGUGAUUGUAAUGACCACCCGCUUCGAGGAAGGCGGAAGGAGAAAAUGUGGACAGUACUGGCCGUUAGAAAAAGACUCUCGGAUCCGAUUUGGAUUCCUCACGGUGACUAAUCUAGGAGUGGAGAACAUGAACCAUUAUAAGAAAACAACUCUAGAAAUUCACAACACAGAGGAGCGGCAGAAACGCCAGGUGACCCACUUCCAGUUCCUGAGCUGGCCAGAUUAUGGCGUCCCUUCCUCAGCAGCUUCCCUCAUUGACUUUCUGAGAGUGGUCAGAAACCAGCAGAGCCUGGCUGUUGGCAGCCUGGGAGCACGGUCCAAAGGGCAGUGCCCCGAGCCACCCAUUGUGGUACAUUGCAGUGCAGGCAUUGGCAGGACAGGUACCUUCUGCUCACUGGACAUCUGCCUGGCACAGCUGGAGGAGCUUGGCACCCUUAAUGUGUUCCAGACAGUGUCGCGCAUGAGGACACAGAGGGCCUUCAGUAUCCAGACCCCUGAGCAGUACUACUUUUGCUACAAGGCCAUUCUGGAAUUUGCAGAGAAGGAAGGAAUGGUUCCCUCUGGUCACAGCCUGUUGGCCAUGGAGGGUCAAUAGCUGUUCCACGAGUUUCCACCUGCUGGCCAGCCUUCCUUAAACUACCCUGGACACCGCUGAGCCUAUAGGUUGCCAUCAGCUAUGCUGAAGCCAUGGAUCAACCUCUUUCUUGUGUCUCCCAGCGCACAUGUGCACGCAAGGCAGCCUUUCCCUUUGGCUAGAUAAAUGUGGUGAAAUUGCCACUAGAAAGGGCCAGCAGCAAUGUGUUCUUAAUUCCUAGC